AUGAAUGAUAGAGAAGAACUACAAAUUAAAUGUUAAGUUGAAGGGCAUACAAAUAUCCAAUUAGCUUGUUUGAAUUAGACUUGCAAAAUAAAUAGAAUUUAUUGUCAUUAAUGUCUUAUAAAUGGAGAUCAUGUUGCUCAUAUUAAGGAUUAAAGAAGUAUAAAUUAAGUCAUUGAAUUAUUUCAUUCAAUUGAGAUAAUAAGUGAGGAUUCCAUAUAAGAAUUAAACUAAAUGAUUACAUAAAUAAAUGAAUUAUUUACUUAAAUUGCGUAAGAAUUGAGAAACAGAUAUUAAAUAUCUUUAUAAAAGCUAAAAACAUUGAAUCCAUACCAAUUUAAUAUGGCUUUAAAUGAGAUUAUCAAUUAUGAUCAAAAUGAAAAAUCUGUUUAACAAGAAACAAAGUAAUAAUUAGACAAUAUGAUCGAUCUAUUCAAUGAUUGGCUAAACAGAUUAAAUAUAUAAAAACAAGAAAAAUCAGAAUUAUUAUAUUAAUAAGGUAAUGAAGUUCUAAUUUAGGAUAUCAAUUAUAUUCGGAGUAUCAUAAAUAUCAAGAAGCAAUUUAAUUAUUUGAUGAUGCAUUACUAAUUAAUCCAAAACAUUUCAAUUCAUUAUAUCUCAAAGGUAUAGAGAUCAUAAAAAUGUAUUAGCUGAUAGUUUAAGAAUGCUUGAUAAUUAUAUUGAUGCAAUUAUUUGGGUUGAUAAAGCUUUGUUUAUUGAUUCUAAACAUGUCAGUUCAUUUUAUACAAAAGGUUAAUAAUGAGUGUUAAAUAUAGGUGAAUCGUUAAGAAUGCUGAGUAUAUAUGACUAAGCAAUCAAGUAUUUGGACCAAGCAUUGUAUUAUAAUCCAAAUCAUCAUUAAUCCUUAGGGAGCAAAGGUUAAUUAUUUCUCAAUUAAUGUAGGAGCCUGUUUACAAUCAUUAUAAUAAUAUUAAGAAGCUAUUUAUAAUUACAAUAAGGCUAUUGAGAUAGACCCAAAUUAUACCUGGGCUAAAGAUCGGAAAAGUAUAUAUAAAUUUAUUUAUUUAUAGUUGAAUGUGAGUCUAGUGACUGUUGA